AUGCAAGGGUAUGAUUCGAAAGAAGAAAACAAAGUUGUUGGCCGACAGUUUGUUGCUUCUCUCAUCAAGGACAAGGUUCAGUCAAAUCCUCUUAUUAAACCAAAGGAGAUUAUUUCAAACUUAAAACAGUUUUAUGGAUUAGAUAUCGAUUAUUCUACUGCAUAUUUUGGCAAACAGAGGGCAGUUUUUGAGUUAAAUGGUGAUGAUGUUGAUGUUUACAAGUUCUUACCUUGGUAUGUUGAAUCUGCUCGUUCAAGCAAUAGAUUUCUUCGUUUAUUUAUUGCUUAUGAUGCAUGGAUAAAAGGUUUCAUGUUUUGUCGCUCGAUGUUAUUCAUUGAUGGUACUUUUAUCAAGAGCAAAUACAAGGGAACACUUCUGUCUUGCUGGGCAAAAAAUGGUAACGAUGAGAUUUUUGAGGUUGCUUAUGCUAUUGUUGAUUCAGAAAUGAUAAAUGCGAGUACUUUAUUUCCAAAGGCUGCUGGUGAAGGACUAAAGAAGAAAAUGAUGAAUCUGUUGGCAAAUUGUGCGUACGCAUGUACCCUAUCUGAUUUUGAUGAUUGCAUGGCGGAAUUCAAGGAUAAUGGGCAAGGGCAUGUGAAGAAUUUUUUGUGUGAUUUGCCAAAAGAGAACUAUACUAUUGCCCAUUUUUCUGGUAAGAGAUGGGGAUUGAUGAGCAAUGCACUUUCAGAAUCUUUUAACACCAUGGUGUCGAAUAGUCGUUGUAUGCCACUUAUGGAUCUUCUUGAAGACAUUAGAGUUCUGUUGAUGGGUAGUAUGGCUGAGAAAAGAAUAUUUGGUCAGAAUAUUCAUACAAUUUUGUGUCCAAAGAAAGAAAAUGAGAUGAAGUUGAUGUUGAAGGAGGGCAUGCAUUGCAGGAUUAGUCGUUCUGAUGUGGAUGUUUUUGAAGUUAGGACGAAGUGGAAUCGGUUUGUUGUUUGUCUGGAUGAUAGGACAUGUUCUAGUGUGCAAUGGCAGCAUAAUUGUUUCCCAGGUUCUCAUGCUUUGCAGGUGUUGCAACAUGAUAUUCGUGAUGUUUUUUAUUACUUUGAUGAUUACUGGAAAGCAAGCUUUUAUCGAAAAACAUAUCAAUUUGUCAGGCAUCCAUUUUCAAAUUUGGAAAAGCUGAAUGUUGAUACUAUCAUAAAUGGUGUGAUGCCUCCAAUUACAAAGGUUCCGUCUGGAAGAUUAAAGAAAACUAGGAUCAAAUCUGCUGGAGAAAUCAGUGGGAGUAAGAAGACUGUCACUUGUAGUAGGUGUGGUUGUUCGGGACAUAACAAGGUUUCAUGUACAGUUGUUAUACAAAAGGGUUGA